AUGCGUUUCACAACUGGAAUCCUCCCAACUCUGGGAGCUAUUGCUUCGCUGGGCGAAGCUACUCCCACUUUCUUUGGAGGCGGCGGCGGUGCUUCUGGUGGCGUUGGAGGCCACCUUGGAGCUGGUGCCGGUCUUGACGCUGGUGCUGGAGUCGGAGCUGGUGCUGGCCUGGGUGCUGGUGCUGGUGUCGGCGGAGGAGCUGGAGGCAAGAUCGGUGCUGGCGCCGGUGUAGGUGGAGGAGCUGAAGGUCAUCUCGGUGCUGGUGCUGGCGUUGAUGCUGGUGCUGGUGUUGGAGGAGGCGCUGGUGGAAAGAUCGGAGCUGGAGCCGGUGUUGGAGCUGGAGCUGGCAUUGGUGGCAAGAUUGGAGCUGGUGCUGGUGUAGGUGGAGGAGCUGAAGGUCAUCUCGGCGCUGGUGCCGGCCUGGGUGCCGGCGCCGGUGUUGGCGGAGGUGCUGGAGGCAAGAUCGGUGCUGGCGCUGGCGUUGAUGCUGGUGCUGGUGCUGGUGUUGGAGGAGGUGCCGGAGGCAAGAUUGGCGCCGGCGCUGGUGUAGGUGGAGGAGCUGAAGGUCAUCUCGGUGCUGGUGCUGGCGUUGAUGCUGGUGCUGGUGUUGGAGGAGGCGCUGGUGGAAAGAUCGGAGCUGGAGCCGGUGUUGGAGCUGGAGCUGGCAUUGGUGGCAAGAUUGGAGCUGGUGCUGGUGUAGGUGGAGGAGCUGAAGGUCAUCUCGGCGCUGGUGCCGGCCUGGGUGCCGGCGCCGGUGUUGGCGGAGGUGCUGGAGGCAAGAUCGGUGCUGGCGCUGGCGUUGAUGCUGGUGCUGGUGCUGGUGUUGGAGGAGGUGCCGGAGGCAAGAUUGGCGCCGGCGCUGGUGUAGGUGGAGGAGCUGAAGGUCAUCUCGGUGCUGGUGCUGGCGUUGAUGCUGGUGCUGGUGUUGGAGGAGGCGCUGGUGGAAAGAUCGGAGCUGGAGCCGGUGUUGGAGCUGGAGCUGGCAUUGGUGGCAAGAUUGGAGCUGGUGCUGGUGUCGAUGCUGGUGCUGGCGUCGGCGGUAAGAUUGGAGCUGGCGCCGGUGUUGGUGGAGGAGCUGAAGGUCACCUUGGUGCUGGCGCUGGCGUUGGUGGUGGUGCCAAAGGCGGCCUCAAGGGAGGUGCUGGAGGCCAUCUAGGCGCUGGAGUUGGCCUCGGAGGCAAGAUUGGAGGAGGUGCAGGUGGUAAGAUUGGUGCCGGUGCCGGUAUUGGCGCUGGUGCUGGCCUUGGUGCUGGUGCUGGAGGCCAUCUUGAAGGUGAUAUCAAGGGUGGCGCUGGCGGUAAGAUUGGAGGUGGUGGUAAGAUUGGCGGACACCUAGGAGGCGGUCUCGGUGUUGGUGCUGGUAUUGGCGCUGGCCUUGGUGCUGGUGUCGGUGCUGGUAUUGGACUUGGACUUGGUGGCCUCGGCGGUCUCAAGGGCCUCCUCGGCGGUGGUAUUGAGUGGAACGCCGGUGCUGGUGCCGACUGGCACACUGGAACUUCUUGCAGCAUCGGCAAUACCUGGAAGGACCACAUCCUCUUCCAGGGUAUCUGCUCUCCCGAGACUGAGACUACCCCCGCUGUCAACCUCGGUCUCAACCUCCCCAGCUGCCAGAUCACUGGUAACAUCGGUUUCGCUUGCGGUGCUGACUUCCUCAAGACCCCCAACGUCCGUGUUGGCCUCGGUGGUAUCUCUGCUUACAUCGAGAUCGAUCUCUCUGCUUCUGCUGCCGUCCAUCAGUCCGUCGAACUCUUCGCUGCCCCCAAGCUCGGUGUUGCCAUCCCUGGCCUCGAGGUCGAUGCUGAUCUGAAGGCUGCCAUCGAGGCUGCUAUUGCCGUUGAUCUUAUCGUCGGCUGUGGCAAGGCCAUUGAUCUCUCCGCUGGUGUCUACGUCAAGUUCCCUGCCGAUGCCUACGUCGACAUUGACCUUCUCACCAAGAAGGUUAUCAACGCUUCUCUUGAAGGUCUUGUCACCAAGGCUCUCCCCGUCGGUGUCGGUGCUGAUGUCGAGCUUGGUGCUGGUAUCGAUCUUCAGAUCGGUCUCCGACUCCGUUCUGAGCUUGCUAUCCCUGGUGGUCUCGAGAUCCCUGUCCUUGGUCUCACUGGCAAGGCUGGUGCUGAUGCUGGCUUCGGUGCUGGUGUCUGGUUCUCUCUCCUCGACUACUCUGCUAAGAUUGGCGGCGGUGCUUCUGCUGGUAUCGAUGUCACUGGCUCUUUCGGCUGCAACCUCGGUCUCGCUGUUGACAAGAAGUGGGACUUCUCCGGUGGUUUCUUCAACCUCAUCCCCAACCUGUCUGUCGGUCUUGCCAAGGGUAUCAAGUCUACCUUCUCUCAGAAGACCCGUGGUACUUGCGGUAGCUUCAUCGGUCGCUUCAAGAAGGGUGGCUUCAUUGGCGGCCCUACCAUCCCUGCUUCCGGUGUGAUCACUGCUACUACUGCUGGCCCUGACGCUUCCAUCACUAUCCCCGCUGGUGUUACCCAGUCUGUCGAGUUCUCUGGCACCGUUGUUGUCCCUGACGCUUCUGGCUCUGUUGAGAUCCCCGACUCCACUGACUCUGCUUCCCCCGAGGGUCCUGGCGAUGUCACUGGCUCUGGUUCUCUCCCAGUUGCUACCUCCGCUGCUGAGAUUCCUGACACUACCGACUCUGCCACUCAAGGCGGACCUCCCGUUGAUGCUACCGAAUCUGGCUCUUCUCCUGCUACUACCUCUGCUGGCGAAGUCCCUGUUGGCCCCGGUGGUAACAUCCCCAACCAGACCAUCACCAAGGGCGGCGACGUUACUGCUAUCUUUGGUCCCGGCGAGACUGUCACUGUUUCUGGCUCUGAGGGUUUCACUACCAUCAUUUCUGGCUCUGAGGGUUUCACUUCUUACAUCACUGGUUCUGAGGGCUUCACCACUGUCAUCUCUGACUCCGAGGGCAGCUUCACCUCUUACUUCUCUGGCUCUGAGGGUUUCACAACCAUCAUUUCCGGAUCUGAAGGUGUCACCAAGGUCGUUCCCGGUACUCCUGGCUUUACCACUGUUGUCUCUGGUUCUGAGACCUUCACUCAGGUUGUCCCUGGUGCUGGCUUCACUUCCGUUUACUCUGGCAGUGUCCCUGUUGCCACUGGUGGUAACAACUACGAGCUUCCUCCUUCCCCUGGUGCUGAUGCCACUUCCGCUGGCGAGGUUCCCGCUGAGUCUGGCUCUGGAUCUCUCCCUGCUGCUACCACUGCUCCCAACGGCGACAACGGUACCCCCGCUGAUGUUACCACUGAUGCUGGCUCCGACGCUGAGGUCACCUCUGCUCCCGCUGCCGAUGUCACUGAGGCCCCUGAUGCUUCUGGCAUGAUCACUUCCACCAUCCGUGAGACCCAUACUCCUGUUGAGGGUGGCAACGGCUCUGGUGCUAACGGCGAUGCCCCUGCUCCUACCGCCCCCCCUGCUGCUGCGCAGACCACCAUCGACCUCGUCACUAUCACCCAGGACGUCACAACCAUUGUCCCCUGCACCGAGUUUGUCACCAGCACCUUCGUUGCUCCCACCACUGUCCACCCUCCUGCUGCUCCCGUUGUCACCAUCAUCGACAACCACACUGGCCAGGCCCCUCAGGACACUGCUACUGAGCAGCCCGGUGCCUUCACCACCCUUACCCGAGUCAUGGCCUCUGCCACUGAUUCUGGUGACUACCCCGCUGCCACUGGCAGUGGUGCUGACGCCGCUGCUCCUGGCUACGAUGUGCCCGGUGUUGCUCCUACCUACAAGGUUCCUAACAACGGAACCGUUCCUUCCCAGGUUCCCGUCAUUGCCGGUGCCUCUCUCGUCAGCGUUGGCAGCAUUCUGCUCGCUCUCCCUAUGGCUCUUGCCUUUGUCAUGUAA